AUGGUGAAACCAAAAAAAGUUGAAUUGCAUGUGUGUCACAUGAAACGGCAGUCCGCGUUUGUUGCAUCGCAGUUUGAGCUGAUGUCGUGUUGGGCUGCCAUUACCUCGUAUUCUCCGCACUGUUCUUCACUAAAUUUCCAAAAACAAACCUCGGAUCCUUCCAAAAUAACCACACCACAAAAACUCCACAACGUUCUUGUUUGUUACCCACGUCCUUCAUCCUCUUCCCCUUCGCAACUUUCAUUAUCAUCCUCUCAUUCCAUUCAUCAAAUUCAUCAACCAACGGUUUCCAUGUUGCCAAAACUUUCCAAAUGCUUCAGCUUCACCGCUUCUCGGGACUGGCUCUACCGCCACCUGUUCGCCUCCGCCGGGCUCCGCUCGGUGGCCACGGACCUCGGGGAGGGGACCACCAUGCACUGCUGGGUGCCGAAGCUACCCAAGCCAUGCAAACCGAGCCUGGUUCUUGUGCAUGGUUUUGGCGCGAACGCGAUGUGGCAAUACGGGGAACACGUGCGGCACUUCACAGGGAACUUCAACGUGUACGUGCCGGACCUGGUGUUCUUCGGGGAGUCGUUCACGUCGCGGAGUGAGAGGAGCGAGUCGUUCCAGGCGAAGUGCUUGGUGAAGAUGAUGGAGGCUCAUGGGGUGCAACGAAUGAGCCUGGUGGGGAUCAGCUACGGUGGGUUUGUAGGGUACAGUGUGGGUGCUCAGUUCCCUGAGGUGGUGGAGAAGCUUGUGCUGUGCUGUGCUGGGGUGUGCUUGGAGGAGGUUGACAUGGCGAAUGGCUUGUUUAGGGUUUCCAGUUUGGAUGAGGCUUCCAACAUCUUGUUGCCACAGACACCUGAUAAGCUGAGGGAGUUGAUGAAGCUCUCCUUUGUCAGACCCGCCAGGGGCGUCCCUACCUGGUUCCUUCAAGAUUUCAUUGAGGUAAUGUGUACAGACUACAUUGAAGAAAAGAGAGAAUUGCUUGAGUCAAUACUAAAAGGCAGGCAACUUUCGGAUCUUCCUAAGAUCCAACUGCCCACUUUAAUUAUAUGGGGAGAGCAAGAUCAGAUAUUCCCUCUGGAGUUAGGCCAUAGAUUAAAAGGGCAUAUAGGGGAAAAUUCUCAAAUGGUAGUCAUCAAGAAUGCAGGGCAUGCAGUGAACCUAGAAAAGCCAAAAGAGUUUGGCAAGCACUUGAAAGCAUUUCUUAUAGAUAAUAAUAUUACAAAGUCCUGUCCCACCUCACCACUUGGGUCUGAAGAGAAUAUCCAUUUUUAA